AAAAAAUUAAAUAAAUAAAAAUUAAUGACAGCCACUCGAACGUUACAAGUUGUAACUCCAACUACAAUGGCAUUUAUGAUGAAGAAGAAAAAGUAUAAGUUUCAAGUUGAAGUAUCAUUAGAUGAAUUAGUGGAAGUUCCAUUUGUAUCAGCAGUAUUAUUUGCUAAAGUGCGGUUAUUGGAUGGUGGUAAUUUUCAAGAAAUUAGUACAAGAGAAGAAGUGAAAGAUCAUAAAGUAAAAUGGGGUGCACGAUUCGAAUUCCCUUGUAAAAUGACUGCAAAUGCUUCAACGGGUGUAUUAGAACCAUGUGUAUUACGAGUAUCCGUCCGUAAAGAAAUUAAAGGAGGUCGUUCAUUCUUAAAACAUGGCUUUUGUGAUAUCAAUUUAGCUGAAUUGGCGGGCGCUGGGCAAGUAUCACGACGAUAUCUUUUAGAAGGUUACGAUAGUCGUCAUCGAUCUGAUAAUAGUAUGCUUAAAGUUACACUUAGUAUGAAUAUGCUUUCUGGUGAUAUAUUAUUUAAAGUUCCGUCGCCUACAACUAAAAUUCCAAGUUCUGUAGGUACAACUGAAGAAGUUGAAACUGUAGUUAUACCAGAUGGAAGGACGCCAGAUGAUUAUUCAAGUAGUUCCUUAGCUGGAUCUGUAGCAAGUGGAAGUUCUGGGUUUGGAAGUUUACCUAAAAAACGACCAGCUUUAUUUAAUUCAGAACUAUUAUCCGGUGCAAAUGCUGGGAUAGUACCAAACGAAAUGUCUGAAGUAACAACAAAUAUAGUACCAGAAUUAGAAGAAGCCAACGAUGUGAAUACUUUAUCAACGGGAGUGGCUACCGUUACAUGUGGUACCCCAGAUAUGCUAGGACAUUCACGAAAUUCAUCAACUACCAGCCAAAUGUCACGCGCAUCUGGUUAUAGCACACAACAUAGUCGACAGUCAAGUUCUGGUGAUUCUGCGGGUCAUAUUAGGUCGCCAUCUUGGCCGGUGUGGGCCCCCACUCCUUUAACCCCACCAUUUUCCCCACCAUCACCAUCAAUGACACUUAUGGAUCCAAAACGUAAUAAAUUUUGGGCAUUAGAAUAUACAAAAUUACAAUCAAUCAAAUUAAAUACACAAUCAUUAGAUGAUAAUGAAUUAUUUCAUACUCCAAAAGGGUUUUAUUGUGAUCCAACAAAUUUUUUACAAAAUGGUUUUGAUACUGCACCAGCAUCCGAUGUAGAUGACGUAGAUGGUAGCGCUAACGUUACUGUGCGUAACAAAUUAUCGAAUGGUAUUAAUUCAACGCCAAGGAAACAAUCUGAUAUUAGUACUGAUUCCAAUGAUAUAUUUGUUACGCCUAACAGUACGCUUGGUCCUGAUGCGAAUGAUAUUUUAGAAAGUUUUGCUCGAUCUGUUAAAGCUGAAUACGAACAAUUCCAAUGUGAUUUAAGAAAAUCACAAUCAUGUACGGUUGUGGAAAAACGCCCUGUUAGUGAACAAACCGCAAAACCUCCGCCACAAAUAGUUCGCAGUGCUUCAUCUACGGUUGUCGUAGAAAAUAAAAAUCCUAAAAAGAAAGAUAAUUUUGUGGAGAUACCUAAAAUUGAAUUAGCUUUAGUUCCAUCAAAAUCGGUACGAAAUGAAAAUGGUAUCUUACAAAAUAUUCAUAAUUUUUUAACACCGUUAACGAAACGACGUUCACAAUCGGCUAGGAAUUGUUUCGAUACAAAAAGUCUUAAUAGUCAUUCUACUCCAAAUAAUGAUCGUAAUAGUUUAGAUAAUGAAGUAUUCAAACCUCCUGGUUCUCCAAUACGUUCAUCCUUAAAUCGUCCUUUUUCCAAAAGUCCUUUACCUACUCACAAAGCUGUUUCACUAGGAUCUUUACAUUGUCCUAGUCCAGUUGCUGGUACGAAGCGUGCUGCGUUUGCUCAACAAAAUAACAGAGGUUUAUCACACUCGCAUCGCAAGUUAUACGAUGGCAGCGGUGGAGGUAAAUUAUCACCAGUACCUUCAACCGCUGCCACAAGUCCACCAGAUGAAAUACCACCUACAUCAUCUACUGAUGUAUCUUCCACACCACAACAACGUCGCCCUAGCGGUACCGGCAAUGUUCACAGGAAUCCAAGCGCAGGCAGUUUGGCAUUAUCUGAAACAGGAUCAUUGGAUCGAGCAAAAUCUGCACUGGAACGACGAAAACGUACGCAAGAAAUUAUUGAUUUAGGAACGCUAAGUGGCGGUGGUAGUCAAGUAUCUGGACAUGUAGAAGUUACACGAGUCAAUCCAGAAAAUUUAAUUGCAGAAAUUAUUAAAUCAACAAAUUUGGAACCGGAAGAUGAUGCUGCUGAAACUUCUGGUUUACAAUUAUUUAUUGCGAAAGAUGGAACCGCAGCAUUAGGAAGUCAUGAAGUUAAAUCACAAAUGUCCUCUGGUGUACAAGUAUUUAAACAAGUUGUUAUUGAAGAAAAAAGGUAA